AUGCCCUCGGAGCAGUCUACCGUGGUUGCUACCUGGUCGUGCAGAGAAGGUGGAUCCGGACUAGACCAGCCGGACUGGACUGGUGGAUCUCUGUUUAUCCCUCUCUCCAUCUUUCUCUCUGCACCGGGUGUUGUGCUGCUGCAAGAUUUGCUGUGGAUGCGAAGGGCUACGAAACUCUGA